CCGCGGACUACUCUCGACAAUUCAGCGUCCCUACGAUCGCGAUUAGACGCAUAUAAAGCGCGGGGAGACUCACUUCAAUGACUAAAACGAUCGGCGCGUAAAGAGCGGUGUAAAUAAAUGGUCACGAUGAAGUACGUUUACUGCGGGCGCGCGGCGCGUUAGUGAUGCCGGCUUUAGACGAGAGUAUUUCGCACGACACGACGAGCCCGCCCACGACCACGCACGACGGCCUAAUGUCCGAUGGUGCUUCCGACGGAGUUUCAGCUUCCGAUGGACUUUCGUCCGAGAAAGUGAAGACAUUUGUUUUUACGUCGUACAGGACUGCGCAGGACGGCACGCAGAGCGAGGAGAGUCUGGAGAUUCGCAUACUCGAGUUGCUAGAGGCUAGUUACAGCUUCUACAUCUGGCCCUGCGCACCUGUGCUCGCCCUGUUUCUCUGGGAGCAUAGGGACGAUCUGGUUGGCAAGCACGUGUUGGAACUUGGAGCUGGUACUUCAUUACCUGGCAUUCUUGCUAGCAAGUGUGGUGCCAGUGUGACUCUGAGUGAUUCCGCAAACAACACUAGGGCACUGCAGCAUAUCAGGAGAUGCACUGAGCUGAACGGAGUUCAAAACCAAGUACGAAUCAUUGGCAUUACUUGGGGCUUGUUCCUUAACAGUUUAUUCACACUUGGACCAUUGGACCUGAUCAUUGGCUCAGAUUGCUUCUAUGAGCCCACUGUAUUUGAGGAUAUAGUGGUCAUUGUUGCAUUCCUACUGGAAAAGAAUCCACACGCAAGGUUCCUCUGUACAUACCAGGAACGCAGUGCUGAUUGGUCAAUUGAGCAUUUCUUGAACAAGUGGGGUCUUACGUGCACACACGUACCAUUGGACGAUCUUGGGGCGAAAUCCAACGUCAGUGUGGACGAGUUGAUGCAAGCUCAUACGAUACACUUGCUGGAUAUACGACGACGAUCGUGAGAAUAGAGUCCACUAUAAGGAUAACAAAGCUG